AUGAUUAAGCCUGUCUUUGAGAAGACUUGGGCGCAUUUCCCCCACUCAGAGGCCCUCGUCGAAAUCACUUUGGAUCACGUGGCUGGGUGGAUCCGAGAGCAAGGCAAUUCCGAGGAGGUUCUCGAGAUCCUGCCGCAUCCCGUCACCCAAAAGAGCUUCAAAGCUUCCAAAACCUCGAAGGACAGUUUGCAGCAGGUCUCAGAGGCCUUUCUGCAGGGCUUCUCGAUGGUCUUCAACUCUUUGCACAAGUGGUCCGAGCCUGGUGCCCGCCUCGCGAAGCAUCUCUAUGCAUCAGCCCACCUUCCGGUUGACGUCUACAUGUACCUCACGCCCCCACACUCACACAGCUAUGGCAUGCACUCCGACGUCAUGGAUGCCUUCAUGGUGCAACUGGCAGGGCACAAAGUCUGGACUGUUUGUGACGUUCCAAGCUGGAUGGCUCCGAACCAGCGGCCGGAGGUCAUCAUGAAAAAUUUCAAUGUUUCCUGCAGCAAUGUCACCCUGCAGGGUGGCGACAUCCUAUAUCUUCCCUUUGGCACGCUGCAUCAAGCCAGAACUGAUACGGACUUCUCCAUGCAUUUGACCGUGAACUUGGAGAGGCAAUACUAUGUGUGGCAGUCGCUUUUCCUUGCAAUGAUCCACAAGGCAACGAAUCCAGGACUCCGCAUCAAGAAAUUCGUUUCCAGCGGCGAGUUCCAGCCAGACGACCAUGACUUGCCGCUGGUGUCAUUCCUGGCAAAGCUCGCGGCCAUGGUGCCCGAGCUCAACCGCAUGCCAGGAUUCAGCUUCGCGGAAGCCUCGACAUCGAUUCUCCUGACAUCCCUCUCCAACCAGGACUUGCCCAAACAGUAUUUGGACCGCGUGACUUCGGAGUUUCAGGAUCUGGCCACCCGCCUGGAGGCUGCAGCUUCCAGCCUCGGUGCCAGUCGCACGGUGCGUCUUCCAAACGGGCGGUCAGUGUCUCUUUCGGAAGCUCUGGGAAAGAUUAAAACCACUGAGACGCUGCUGCCAUGGGCUUUGCAGCUCGCGAGGUUUCACGCAAUGGUGCAUUUCUCUCCUGUGGCCAAGCCCCAUCAGCUCCUUUCGCUGUCGGCAAUUCGUUCGAGGAAUCCCACAUCCUUCACAGACCUCCCCCUGUUGGAGCUUCCCGAGACACUCCCCGACACCACACAGCUCAUGCGCGCCCCAAAUCUCCGGGCUGUGCUGCUCGCCGAAGGUUCGAUUGACGUGCCUCCCCAACACAAGCUGAUCAUAAACCAAGAGACCUUCCCCAUACAUGCAACAGAGGCCCCGGCAGCCGAAUUCUGCCUGUCACUGUUCGCUGCAAAAACUGCGAAGGGACGGCCCUUCACUUUGAGCCAGGUGCCCAAAGGCUCUGCGAGGCUCCUCCCGAAGCUCAUCAGCUUUGGGGCCCUGCAGAUCGUUGCUGAGCAGCCUUAA